CUUGCCCUUUUAACACCUUUGUAACCAAUUCUCUAUAUUAAAUUCUUUCAGUCUGAAGCACAUAAAGUAGUUAAAUGCUCCUGACUGGAUCCUGGAUAACUGGUAUGAGGUUUGGGGUUUGAGCCCAUGAAUGCUUUUGUCCUUGUUUCACUUCCCACUCCUUCUGCACAGUUUACUUGGGUGAUCUUAUUCAUGGCCUCUGCUUCGACAUUUGUGCUGAUGACUCUCAAAUCAGGGUCUUCAGACCAUACCUGGGGUCCAUACCCACACGCCUCACUGCGCUCCCAUGCAGUUUCAGCUGGCUGUUCCACUGGCAUUUCAAAUUCAACAUGUACAAAAUCAAGCUCUUUCUCUCUGUAAACCUGCUCCCAUGGCAUUCUUUUCUGCUUCAAUUCAGUCCAUCCCUGACCACCCACCCAGCCACCCACGCUGGAAAUCUGAGAUAUCUUUGACUCCUCCACCUUCCCACUCCCACAGCUAAUCAGUAGCCAAACCCUUUAGAUUCUACUUCCUAAUUAUCUUGAUAUUCUAUCUCCUCCGCCUCCUCUAAUUAUGACUUAAUUCAGGCUCUUACUAUCUGUCAUUUAAAUUAUUGCUGUAUUGCUACAGGAGUGGUGUGUAUAUGUGCAACUGUUCGUCUUGGUAUGCUAUAGACUCUUGCCCAGCAGUUUUGCCUCAAUUCUUUAAAAGUUCAUUGUUUGAAAUAUCAAUCAGAACAUUUUUUCCAAAAUGCUAAAAUGAUUGUCAUUCCCCAGUUUUAAUAUCUCUAUCAUCUGCUAAGUAAAAGCAAGCUCCUCCUUGUGGCGUAGCAGGGCCCACGUGAUCUGGCCCUUGCCCGAAUUUGUAGCUCAUCACAACAUCCUUCUACCCCCCAUUACCUCCUAUUAUACAGGAACACCCAAGCGACCUUCACAACAUUCAUAUCAACUAGUACACAGGGUCUCCAAAGAGGACAUCUGGAUGCCUGUGAUUUUUGUACUUCUGCCUACCCUUUGCCCUGGCGUGUUUUUCUCUUCCUUCAUGUUCUGCUGGCCAAAUUGUUUUUCCUUCAAGACUUAGGAGCCUGCCUGAUUAUGUUCCUCCUAUUCCGCAUCCUCAUACAAUUAUUGCGACUUCCAAAACACUUGGCACAUUCUUAUUUGAAUACAUUACAUUGUUGCGUAAUUAUCCCUUGGCCCCCUCCCCCAGCACUAGACUCUAAGCUCUUUGAAGGCAGACUAUGCCUAUUCAUCUUUGUAUUUCUAGCCCUGGGCCCAACACCCAGAAUUUCUUGUAUUUUCAAUAUAUGUCUGCCAAAUGAAUUAGAGCUAAUGCCUGAAGGAGAAUAAGUUUUUUUGAGAAAGAGGAAGAGCCACGAGGGAGGAGAAGGCAGGGUCCGAAGAGCCCUGGGGGUUUACUUGGGGAAGAUGCGGUUCCCCAUUGCAGCAUUCUGCCAGGAGGUGGCACUGCUCUGAAGAGCCAGCUGGUCGCUUACAGACUGAGGCUGACAGCUUGAAACCAAAGAGGGAACUCCACCAGGAAGCAACAUUCCUCCACUGGGCUUCCCAGCCCAGUUACAUGCCAUACUCUGCCCUGGUCAAACAGCCAAGUCUUCAGGAGGUUGCUGGCCCCAGGCGUCUCCCCAGUGACUGAUGAUGUUAAACCCUACGCUUCUCUGAUUGGUUUAGACAAAAUGACAAGGGCACCUAUUGGAAAUGAUCUGGCAAAACAUGAUCUAAGGCCACCCUCUGGGGGAGGGAGUUGGGGAAGCUGGGUUGGCUGGGUUGGUAGCUCCUACCUACUGUGUGGCGAGAAGGUAUGGGUCAUGAACAGAACCAAGGAGCUGCGCUGCUACAGAUGCUACCACUUCUGUGGCUGCUACCCCACUCCUGGGCCGUCCCUGAAGCUCCUACUCCAAUGUGGCGAGAUGACCUGCAAAACCACACAUUCCUGCACACAGUGUACUGCCAGGAUGGGAGUCCCGGUGUGGGACUGUCUGAGGCCUACGACGAGGACCAGCUUUUCUUCUUCGACUUUUCCCAGAACACUCGGGUGCCUCGCCUGCCCGAAUUUGCUGACUGGGCUCAGGAACAGGGAGAUGCUCCUGCCAUUUUAUUUGACAAAGAGUUCUGCGAGUCGAUGAUCCAGCAAAUAGGGCCAAAAGUUGAUGGGAAAAUCCCGGUGUCCAGAGGGUUUCCUAUCGCUGAAGUGUUCACGCUGAAGCCCCUGGAGUUUGGCAAGCCCAACACUUUGGUCUGUUUUGUCAGUAAUCUCUUCCCACCCAUGCUGACAGUGAACUGGCAGCAUCAUUCCGUCCCUGUGGAAGGAUUUGGGCCUACUUUUGUCUCAGCUGUCGAUGGACUCAGCUUCCAGGCCUUUUCUUACUUAAACUUCACACCAGAACCUUCUGACAUUUUCUCCUGCAUUGUGACUCACGAAAUUGACCGCUACACAGCAAUUGCCUAUUGGGUGCCCCGGAACGCACUGCCCUCAGAUCUGCUGGAGAAUGUGCUGUGUGGUGUGGCCUUUGGCCUGGGAGUGCUGGGCAUCAUCGUGGGCAUUGUUCUCAUCAUCUACUUCCGGAAGCCUUGCUCAGGUGAGGCUGCCCUGAGGAACAUACAACUCCCUUCAACCCUCACCGUAACUGGGAAACAGAAGCUCAGGGAUGGGAAGAAUAAGCCCCCAAGUGCUAUACCAAUCAGUUAUGUCAGUUCUGGGAAAACAGUAUCAUGAAGCCCCUAACAUGAAGUGAAAACAGCCUGGAAAGGCAAAGAAUUCACAUGUCUUUCCUGACAAUCUGUUCCUUGGCCUGAGUGAACUGUCCAAGGAGAACUGCACAGGUGCUGUCCUGGGAAGAUAAGGAAAGGUGGCAGCACAUGACCACUGGUGGUAAAUUGCUUUGCAUAUGCUUGCUUUCUUGCAUUCCUUAGGGUCUGGGAGUUGCUUUGGAUGACAGGGUGGCAAUAAAGUUGAGAGGGCAAUUAUUUGGUGAGGGAGUUUCUGUUCUCGGCAUUGUACUAAAGUCUAAUCUAAAAGAAAAUAUUAAAUUCUCCCUAAGAGAAGUUGGCACUGUCUCUGAACCAUCUCAUUUCUAACAGCAUCAUGUGUACCGGUUAAGAAGCAUGGGCUCUGGAACAUGACUGCUGGGGAUUCAAUCGUAACUGUCAGCGUUUAGCUGUGAGCCCUUGGGCAAGUUACUUAACUUGUGCUUUGGUGUCAUUUUCUGUAAAAGGAUGAUGAUAACAAUGGUGUCCACCUUACCACUCUACACCCACCAUGUUGCCAACAUUUGAAAGUCAAAUAAGUAUUAGCGAGGAUAAAGGGAAAUGUGAACUGUAAUAUCUUGGUCUGUUGGUGGGAAUGUAAACUGUUUAUGAUCCCCGAAUUACAGAAAUUAUGAACUAGUUGAGUGAAAAAAUUAAUAUAGGAAAUAAGGCAGCAUAUUCUCAUGCUGUGAAGCUUAAAUAAGUUAAUAUCUACAGAAUGCUUAAAAUAGUGUUUGGCAUAUAGAAAAUGUGCUGAAUAACCUAACCUUAUCAUUAUUGGUCUUGAUCUUCAGAGGAGAACUUAGUUGCCUCAUAGACUUCUUUCUCUUUUCUGAAAUAUACCUCAAUACUAGCUUCAAGUAUUGUAUUUUCUCCAUUUUAGAUGUUUUUCUUUUUAUUCUCACGUUAGUAAUUCUAGAUGUGGUGCUUUCUAGUUCUUCCUAAUUUCUCUGUCUCUCUGUUUUCCAACUUAUCUAGAUAUUUCCUGUCAGGCAAGCUUUAAAAGUGCUUUAUUAUGCUGUGUGACUUUAGACAAGUCACUUCCCCUCUCUGGGCCUCAAAGUCUUCAUCUGUAAAAUGAUGGGCUUAGAUUAGAUGCUCUCUGAUGAAACCUUCUAUGAUACUGUUACUUAAGUACUCUAGAAGCACUCAGUAUCCUCUCUAGUCUGGUGCCCCUUUUCUAAUAAAAAAUAUUACUCACUAUUCCCAGCAGGAAUGCUAUUCUUGAAUAAAUCUUUUUUCCUCACUCUUCCUUGAGGUAUUAUAUCUGGUUUUGGUUUAGGGCAUUUGCCCAGGCUCUUUCCUCUCACAAGAAUGCUUUCUUUAUUCUGCUCAUCUUGUUCCUGUCUUAACCCACUUCAUAGGUCCAACUCCAGUUCAACUUAUUCCAUGAACCUGCCCCUAAUUUCUCUUUAUUGAAAUCUUCCAAGACUUAAAGCACUCAACCUAAGGAUUGGGAUAUGCCGCUUUAUUUCAUGUGUUAAUUUUUUUGCCCAACUAGUUUAUAAUUUCUAUAAUUCAGGGAUCAUAAACAGUUUACACUCCCACCAACAGAGCAAGAUAGUUCACAUUUCCCUUUAUGCUCACUAAUUCUUGUAAUUAUUUGACUUUCAAAUGUUGGCAACAUGGUGGGUGUAGAGUGGUAUUUUGUUGUUUUAAUUUGCUUUUCUCUCAUUACUAAUCAGUAUCAUAUUGUUUGAUUAUUUUGGCUUUUUAAUAUGUGUUACUAUUUAGUAGAACUAGUCUCCAUUCCUUCACCACCUUCCCAAAAAACUUAUUUUCCUUUUCUUUAUCAAAAUAUUCUAAGAUACUCUUGGACUUUAUUUCCAUGUACAUUCUAUAAUCAGUUUGUUAAAUUCUCCUGAAAUCCUACUGUUACUUUAAUUGGGGUAGCAUUUAGGUUAGCGAUGUGGGGAGAGGUUGUCAUUAUGUUAGCAUGGCCUAUCCAUGAAUAUUGUAUAUCUCUACACCUCUCAGUUCUUUGUGCACUUCAAUAAAGUUUUCUUUUUUCUUAAAA